CCAUUGCAGGUAGGCAUGCCCCGGACACUGAGCAUCUCCAACAUGGUCACUCCAGGCAGCCUCGGCCCACACCCACAUGAGCCCACGGAUGGUGAGCAGGCCGGGCAGCUCCUCCUGGAUGGAGCUCCAUCCUCAGCCUCCCUGGACACCCUGAUCGAGCAGCUGGUGCCCAAAGCUGACUACUACCCUGAGAAAGCCUACAUCUUUACCUUCCUGCUGAGCUCCCGCCUCUUCAUCGAGCCCCGGGAGCUCCUGGCCCGGGUCUGCCACUUGUGCAUCAAGCAGCAGCAGCUGGACAAGCCAGUGCUGGACAAGGCCCAGGUCCGGAAGUUUGGCCCCAAACUGCUCCAGUUGUUGGCCGAGUGGACAGAGAUGUUCCCGCGGGACUUCCAGGAGGAGUCGACCAUCAGUCACCUGAAGGACGUGGUGGGCCGCAUUGCCCCCUGUGACGAGGCAUACCGAAAGAGGAUGCAUCAGCUCCUGCAGGCUCUGCACCAGAAGCUGGCGGCUCUGGGCCAGGGGCCGGAAAGCCUGCUGGGCACUGACAAGCCCAUCUCCUACAGGAACAAGACUCCAGCCUCUAUCCACAGGGAGCUCCUCAGCAUCUGCAGUGACCCCUACACACUGGCUCAGCAGCUGACCCACGUAGAGCUGGAACGGCUACGACACAUUGGACCUGAGGAAUUUGUCCAGGCUUUUGUGAACAAGGACCCUCUGGCCAGCACAAAGCCUUGUUUCAGUGACAAGACUAACAACCUGGAAGCUUACGUGAAAUGGUUCAACAGAUUGUGCUACCUCGUGGCUACUGAGAUCUGCAUGCCAUCCAAGAAGAAACAGAGGGCCCAGGUGAUUGAGUUCUUCAUCGACGUAGCCCGUGAGUGCUUCAACAUCGGCAACUUCAACUCCCUAAUGGCCAUCAUCUCUGGCAUGAACAUGAGCCCUGUCUCAAGGCUGAAGAAGACCUGGGCCAAAGUGAAGACAGCCAAGUUUUUCAUCCUCGAGCACCAGAUGGACCCAACAGGGAAUUUCUGCAACUAUAGAACAGCCUUGCGCGGGGCAGCCCACCGCUCCCUGACCGCCCACAGCAGCCGGGAGAAGAUCGUCAUCCCCUUCUUCAGUCUGCUCAUCAAAGACAUCUACUUCCUAAACGAAGGCUGUUCCAACCGCCUCCCCAAUGGACACGUCAACUUUGAGAAAUUUCUGGAGCUGGCCAAGCAAGUAGGAGAGUUCAUCACAUGGAAACAAGUGGAGUGUCCCUUCGAGCAAGACUCCAGCAUCACCCACUACCUGCACACUGCUCCCAUCUUCAGUGAGGAUGGUCUUUAUUUGGCUUCUUAUGAAAGUGAGAGUCCAGAGAACCAAACAGAAAAAGAGAGGUGGAAAUCUCUAAGGUCUUCUAUUCUGGGGAAGACGUGA